UCUCUCACCGGAAGUCUCACUCUUUUCUGCUUCACUUUUUACCUUUGACCUCAGAGUUGUGCACGCUGAAAAUGGAAACCUACUGAAACAACGUGGAUAGUAUAAUAUUAAAGUGAUAUUUAUUAAAUUCAUUGUUGGCAAAGUCUUUGCGUUCCAUGUUUUCUUCCGCCUGGAUUUAAUAACUCGACAGCUCAACUCAGCUAAAAGAUGGGGAAGGUGCCUAAAAAGAAGAGCCUUGCCGACAAGGUCCGCAAAACUAAGACCUCUACUGAGAUUAAAAACAACCCAUUUGAGGUGAAAAUCAACAGGAAGAAAUUUGAAAUUCUUGGGAGAAAAACCAAACAUGAUGUGGGUCUGCCUGGUGUGUCUCGAUCCAAGGCUAUUAAUAAGAGAAAAGAAACCCUCCUUAAGGAAUACAAACACAAGAACAAGUCCAGCAAAUUCAUUGACAGACGCUUUGGGGAGUAUGAUACCAAGAUGGCACCAGAAGACAAAAUCCUUAAGAGGUUCGCCAUGGAGAGACAGCGCGUCCACGACAAGAAGGAUGUGUACAACCUGAACGAGGACGAGGAGUUGACUCAUUACGGCCAGUCACUGGCUGAGAUGGAGAAAUUCAAUGACCUUGUGAAUAGCGAUGAUGAAGAAUCAGAAGAAAAGGGUCUUUUAUCAGCUGAGCUGACAGCCUCCCACUUCGGAGGAGGGGGCCUCCUCAGAAAGAAAACAUCGGACGAGCAGGAGGAGGAAGGAGGCCACAAGGCCAAGACCCGACAGGAGCUGAUAGAGGAGCUGAUCCGCAAGUCCAAGCAGGAGAAGCGGGAACGACAGGUGCAGAAAGAGGAGGCACAGGAGCUGACUGAGAAGCUGGAUCAGGACUGGAAGAGCAUCCAGGCUCUGAUGGUGAAAAAGAUACCCAAAGGUGAACGUGCCGAGGAGGAGAAGCCCAAGCCUGAACAGUACGACAUGAUGGUGAGAGAACUCGGCUUCGAGAUGAAGGCUCAGCCCUCUGAGAAGCUGAAAAGCCCAGAGGAGCUCGCCCGGGAGGAGAAGGAGAAGCUGCAGAAAUUAGAGGCUGACCGUCUGAGGAGGAUGAUGGGAGAGGAAGUGGAAGAGGCUCCCCAGACUCAGAACCACAUGUCUGCUGAUGACCUCAACGACGGCUUCGUCCUGGAUCAGGAUGACAAGAAGACACUGUCUUAUCAGGAUGGAAAGUGGAACAUCGGAGAGGAGUCUGAGGAGGAUAAAGAGGAAGAUGAAGAAGAGGGAGAGAGUGAAGAGGAGGAUGGAGAUGAGGAGAGGGAGGAUGAAGAGGAGGAGGAGGAAGAGGAGGAGGGCAGUGAAGAAGAAGAAGAAGAAGAAGAAGAUGAUGGUCACUCUGACCUGGAGUCCGAGCAAGGAAGCGAGGAUGAGGAGAGAGAACAGGAGGAAGAAGAGACCAGUGCCAAACCAAGUCUGAGCAAAGAGGAGCUGAAGGCUCAGCAGGAGGCAGCUAAAGCAGAGCUCCCAUACACAUUUACUGCUCCAGAGAGCUACAGUGACCUGAAAGACUUGCUCCAUGGCCACACACCUGACAACCAGCGUCUCAUUGUGGCCAGGACUCAGAAAAGCAACCAUGCUAGUUUGGCUGUUGGCAACAAGCUCAAACUGCAGAAACUGUUUGGCUUUCUGUUGGAGUACAUUGGAGAACUGGCCACCAGGAGUCCACCUGAACUCCCCACCGUAGAUAAACUCAUACCAGAGUUGUACACAUUGUGUCAGAUGUUUCCAGAAGCAGCCUGUAAGGCCAUGCAGAGCAUCCUCGCAGAUGCUGGACAUGGCACGGAGGAGGUGCUUGAGGUCAAAGGGCAUACUUCUUUCCCAACACUAGACAUGCUCAUCUACCUGAAGGUGACAGCCCUGCUGUUCCCCACCUCAGACUUCAGACACCCAGUUACCACUCCAGCACUGCUUUACAUCUGUCAGGCUCUCACAAAGUGUCCAGUGAGAUCACUACAAGACGUGACGUCAGGUUUAGUGCUGUGCUGUCUGGCAGUGGAGUACGUCUCUUUUUCAAAGCGCUUUCUGCCUGAGCUCAUCAACUUCCUGGCUGGAACGCUGCAUCUGGCCGUGCAGGACAAAACCUCUCAAGGUUACACUGUGGUGCCGCCAUUUAGGCCAUCAGGGAAGUGCAGUGACCUGCUGGUGUUGUCAGACUCUGAAUCCUGCAGCAGCUGGAGCAAGAAAAGCCUUCCACUGCCUGCUACUCAACACCUGGAGCUCAAAAAUGACCUGGACAGAGAUCACCAUAGGUUGAUGUGUCUGUCUACUUGCCUGGACUUGGUGAAGCGCUGCUGCAUGCUCUACAAAGACCUCGUGUCCUUCACAUGCAUCUUCCAGCCAAUCAGAACGCUGCUUUCCAAACAUCUUUCAGCCCAAACAUUACCAGAGCUUUUACAGGAGCUUAACAGGGAGAUCCUGGAAACCAUCAGCAGUGUUCCUGUCACUCACAGUCGGCUGGUUUUAGACAAGAAGAAGCCGAUUCCUCUGAAGCUGCUCACACCCAAGAUUGUUGAAGUGUUGGACUAUGGAAAGAAACGUGGCGGCACCAGAGAGGAGAGAGAGAAGGAGCGGCUGAAGCACAAGUACAAGAAGGAGUUUAAGGGCGCUCUGAGGGAGAUCAGGAAGGACUCGCGCUUCCUGGCCAGCGAGAAGCUCAACGAGGUCAUGAAGAGGGAUUCAGACAGAAAGAGGAAAGUCAGGGAGCUCUUUGGCAGCUUGGCCACUCAGGAGGGAGAGUGGAAGGCCCUGAAGAGGAGGAAGAGGAAGUGAAAUACAGAGUCUUUAUCGCUUCUUUCCAUCAUCUGUUCCCUGUCAAAUGGACAUCUCCCAUCCAGAUGUGGAUAACAACCCGUGCAAGGUUGAAAUUUGUGGAACUGGGAACUGUUUUGUGACUUUAUGGAUUAUUUUUUAAUUGCGAAGAUAUUCAACACCCAUUUUAUACUGUUUGACAAGUAGCUGUCAGGAAUGCACACCAAGUUGUCAAAUAUUAUGAUGUAGGCGUUUGAUGUGACAAUUGGAUACUGUUGUUGGAAGUGUCAGUCAACUCAGCAGUGAAUACUUGCUUUGCAUUCUCCUUUUUCCCCACUAGAAUCCAUCACUAUAAUGUGCUUAAAUGCAAAACAAUAAAUUACUGUCUUCUUACUUUC